AUGGCUGAAGAUCACAUCGAAGAUCAAUUCGAGGCGACUAGCGACCCUGCAGCCACCGAUCCGAACACAGACUUCCCAUUAGAGGGCUGUGACAUAUUUAAAGUGUCAGAAUCAGAGCUAGCUGCUAUCGCUGACACCGCUCCAUCGCUUCACACUCUUUGUGGUGCACGAGUAGCUCGAAUCUCUCGAAACCUUGUGAUCAAGAAAUCCCCUCUGACCCUUCCUUCUGAGGCCGAAGCUAUGAAACUAGUGGCUCAGAAGACAUCUAUCUAUCUUCCGCGAGUGUAUCGAUCGUUCCUUGUCUACGGCACUGGUGGUAUCUACGACUCUACUGGAUACAUUGUUAUGAGUUACGUCGACGGUGUUUGCCUUUCACAAUGCUGGGAGAAGCUCCUUCCGGACGAGCGAGAAAAUAUCAUUGGCCAAGUCGCGGAGAUAAUUUGGCAAUUACAAUACCUCCACAUCCCUCUGCCGGGGCCAAUUGGUGGCGGACCGAGCAAUAGGAGAUGGUUCUCAGCCUACGGCUCAGGACCAUUUACAAGUGUUUCGGAUUUCGAGGACUAG